UUUAACUGUGAAAUAUCAGCUCAACUUUUGAUGGUGUGGGAGGAUGAUGCUCUGCAAAAAAAUGAUCUGUGCGCGUGCAGCGUAAACAAUGUAACUUCAUCUGGCUGCUAGCUAGAUGCUAGAUGUUAGCCCGGGAACAAAAGGGAGCACGCCUCCCAUCUGUUAACAAGUGAGUUAGUGGUUACCAGCGGGCCGGUUUAUAAUUAUUUCCUCUCUAUCUAUCGCUGAUGAGCAUCAUGGAUCCACACCAGCGUGGCUGCGGCACCUUCUUCUACCUGGCUACGAGCUAACGCCGCAGCUUUACGUUAGCUUGAAGAUGCUAGCAGCUAUUAGCUCUCGCAGCUAGCGUGCGUUAGCUAUGGCUCUAUUGUGAUGAUUUAGCUAAAUAACCUUGGAGCUGGAACCGAGGGAUACUUUUUCACCGGUAAAGUGGACGAUGGAGUCAAAUAAUCAUUUCAACUAUGGCACCCACUCCUCAGCAAACUCAGGACUGAAACUCUCCUCAGGGGAUUCUCUUUAUACUAACGGGUCCUCCAUGAGUUUUCCUCAGCAGGGGAAGAAUAUGAAUGGCGAAAUGAAUGUGAAUGGCGUCACUACUGUACUCGGGUCUGGUGUGCCUGGUUCCCACCCACCAACAGCUCCUUACCCACACAUGAGCAACCACCACCAGAGCAGCAUGGGGUAUGACUACUUGUGGGGGGGGCACCCUCAGUAUGGUCCAGCCAUGGGCACCUCUCCUGGGCACGGGAUGCACCAGAAGCAGCCUGCACCUGGGAUGGUGCAGCCUCAGUCACAGCACCACUUCCAGGGUCAUGGACAGUACCAGCUGAAUGGGGGUAUUGAGAGCUCCCAUCAGCCCCCUGUGGCAGGCCCACCAAACAUGCCUCUUACUGGGAGUCAGUACUGGAACAGGAAUAACCCUGGCCCACAGCAGAUAAGUUAUAAUUCCCACAGUAUGUAUGGGACCUACCAGAGUCAGGCACAUCCUGGAAUAACACCAUCACAACAUCACCAGCAGCAGUCCUUACAACCGACCCCACAUCAACCGUCACAGCAGCACCUCCACUCCCAUCGUCACCCACAUCACCACCACCAGCAGCACCAGCAACCGCAGCAUUAUGGCUUGAUGCCUAAUGGGAUGCCCUACUACCAGCAUCAACCCCAACACCCGUCCCUGCCAUCUGCCCAGCAGCAACCAUCCCAGCAGUCUCAGCCCCAAGGCCAGGCGCAAAUGAUGCCCCCAGCUGCCCAGAAUUUUACACCCCCACGUGGCAGCCCACAGCACCACAGUUUAGGCAGAGGGGGCACUGGCAGCCCUCUCCCUGUUGGGAUGUCCUCAACACCAAUGAUAUCACCGUCAGCGGUGCAGGAUAGUGGAUCACCCAAGGGUCACAGCAGGGAACGGAGCCCCCAUUCCAGCAAUGCUGGAAUAUCUACUGUCAUGCAAGGGCAAACGAGAGAAGCUACCAAGGAGUUAGACUCAAGCUAUAAUGGCAUGGAAAGGACACCUGUUGCCCACAGGCUACCCAAAAGUGCGGCGAAUGCGGGACCUGAUUAUCGUCCGCAUUCUGAACAGUCGGCAGCUCAGCGUCCAGAAAUGGCUCCCGCAGUCAGAGAGACUGCCGUUAAUACACCUCCCCAGUCUGUGUCAUCUCAGCUCUCUGAAUCUACGAAGGACUCAACACCUCCUCGGGUCACUGCAGCUCCUGCUGUCUCUGAUGGUCCCACGUCUGCCCCUGGGCCUCCUGUAGUAUCAUCGCAUGACCUAGAAUCUACUCCACCAAAAAUCUCAACACCCCCCACUGUGCCCUCUGCUCCAUCUCCAGCUGCUCCUCCCAGGCUGUCCUCCCCCUCUAUAAUGAAGCAAGGCCUCAGGCCUCCCACUUCUUCUACGACUGAGACAUCCCCUGAUGCAUCCAAGCAUCCGUCAGUGGGGGCCUCUUCCUCCACCCUGCCUGCUCCAUCUCAAACGUUGUCUACACCUCUUGCUUCUAUUGAUAGUGUGUCAAGACCUGAAGCAGUUUCCUCGGCCUCUUCUCCUUCAUCAGACUCUGUGGCUCAUCAGACCAAGUCUUCAUUACCUCCAACAGAUUCUGGACCUCCUACAACUGUCACAACUUCACCCAUUUCAUCUCUUCAGCAGAUGGUUCAAGUGUCCACAUCUGGAGCUCAGCAUGAAAAGCCUGGACAUCCAAAAUUAUUGUCUGCUGCUUCAAGGGUGGUUGCAAACUCCUCAUCCAUUACUGUGGCUCCACCUCUAAUGUCAGCAACAGGAUCUUCAGCCUCAACACCACCUGGCUCUUUUUUAUCAACAUCUGCAUCUCCGAUGUCUGUGUCAAAAACUCCUUCAGUUGGCGUUAAACCUUGUGACCCAGCAACCACACCACCCCAACGUCAGACAUACACUCCUCCAGCUACUGACUCUGGUCUUUCCGCUGCUUCUGCAGCACCAUCACCACCAGGAGCGGUGAACUUGCCCUCCCCAGCAACCCAUGAAAGUCUUACAGUCCGACCUCUGUCUACCCUACCUCUUCUAACCACUCAAGCCUCCAGGACUGCACCCGUGUCCACCCCUCCUGCCUUGGUUCCUGUGCCCUCUGCAAUGGGUACGUCUUCUGGAGUGGUCCAAAGUUCUGACUCUGAGCAGCAUCCUUCGAACACCACUCCUCCUCAUGAACUGAAGCAUUCGUCUCCCAAGCCAGAGCACCAUCAUAGCAAGGAUAGCAAAGCGUUGGCUAACGAAAGAAAUGGAAAACCAGAGGAACACCCCCCUCGACUUGAUUCACCCACAAUAAGGACAUCGCAGAAGGCGGAAGCUACCGAGACUACUAAAUAUGUCAUUUGCCCAUCCGAAUCCCUCACCGAUCUUCCUGGGAAACCCUUGCAGACCACAGUCGCUCCUGAUCAAAAGCCCAAGAAUAAACAGACGGUUUCUGAACAGCAGCACAGGCAAAGCAGCGCCUGUGAGUCGGAGGACUCCAUGGUGAAGCAGACUCCACUCAAAACAUCUUUGCAUCUCCACAGCACAAGAGUAGAAGAUCUGACCGAUGAAGAAAGUUUUGAUAACUCUUCGCGUACAGCUUCUCACUUUGAAGGCAGUUCAACAUUCGACACCCCCUCUAGAACCAAUGUCAGCUCUGUCUUUGAAAAGAGCUCCAUUCUAGAUGGCGAUAGCUCAUGUGUAGACGAGUCCACUCACUAUGACAGCAGCUUUCACCUGAGAAAGGACACUUCUCAGUUUGACAGCACUUCCCAUGCAGAAGAGGAACCAUCCACUGCAUUCGACACCACUAGAGAUAGCAGCUAUUCUAUGGAAGACUCCAGAGAAGACACGUUGGACUCCACCAAGGAUGAGGAAGUGUCUGAAGCAGAAGAGACCAAGGACAGCUGUCAGAUAACAGGAGAGUCCCUGCUGGAGUCUUCCCUGAACAACACCUCUCAGAUGGAAGAGCCUUCUCUGGACUCAAGCGAUGUGUCCAACACACCUGAGCGAGGUCGUCAAGGACCUGGAGCAGAGUGGGGACCCAGAGGACACGAUACUCCAGACUCAGCUGGACGCAUUAGUAUCAAGGCCACUGUUAAUGAGACAAUGACUCCCCCGAGUUUCAAGAUGAGAGAUGAGAACUUCAUCGCCUUCAGUACACCAGCAGAGAGUCCUGCUGUGCACCCACUGCAACCAGUAACCGAUCCGAUUGUCCCAGCUGCUGGAGGACUUCUGAAAACCCCAGGGAAACAACGCAAACCUCGAGCUCCAAAGGCAAUGUGGAUUAAAACCCAAGCUCCUGAGGGGACCCAGCGGAAGCCUCGGGGACGAACCCCUAAAGUGGAAAAGGUGAAGACUGGUGAAGAGGAAACCAAUAUAGCGCCAGUAGCUAAGGGAAGAAAGAGGAAGAAGUCUCUGAAGCUGGAUGUCAAAGAAACAUCAGGUGCAUGUGGAGAGGCUGGGCCUCCCACAGGAGAGGUCGAUCCCAUCACAGCCACGAUUGACGCUGUUCUAGCCAACGCCUCAGCUGCAGCAGGCGAGAAACCCAAGAAGGCGAAAAGGGCCAAGAAACAGGACCAAGGAAAUGUGGCAAAAACACAGAAACAAGAUGCUGAAACAGCUGCUGAUGAUGCUGAUGAGAAUGAUGAUGACAGCUCCACUGCAGGUAAUGGUGAAUCCAGCAGACAGAGGAGGGUGGCAACUGAGGAGCAGGUUCAGUUCCCUAUGCAGCACGGUUGGAAGAGGGAGAUUCGGGUGAGAAAAACGGAGAACCGCAUGAAGGGUGAAACCUGGUACUACACACCUUGUGGAAGGAGGAUGAAACAGUUCCCAGAAAUAGUCAAGUACUUGAACAAACACACGGACAGUGUGGUCAGCAGAGAACAUUUCAGCUUCAGCCCACGCAUGCCUGUUGGAGAUUUUUAUGAAGAAAGAGAAACUGCUGAGGGUAAGCAGUGGAUCCUCUUAGCUAACGAGGAGGUUCCCUCAAUGAUCAUGGCCAUCACUGGACGCCGAGGUAGACCUCCAAACCCCGAUAAAGAAAAACCUCGCAGGGUUCGUGGCUUGAAGGGGGGGCAGGCCCGCCGCCCCGGUAGACCUCCCAAAACCAAGAUGAUUGACCUCCUGAGCAAAGUUGAUGCCAAACUCUUGAAGCAACUUGAGGCCAAGGAAGCUCUCACAGAGGAGGAAAAGGAGAAACUCGCAAAAAUAAAAAAGAAAAUGAAGAGAAAGGCAAGAAUGAAGAGAAGGGAGGAUGCAAAGGUUAAGAAGAUGAAAGCUGAAAAAAAGAAAGCCAAGCUGGAGCAGGUGGCCAAGGGCCUGGAGCUGAAGGCUGAAUCAACUGACCCAACAGCACCUCUGGCUGCAGAGCCCAAGAAGCCUGGCCGCAGGAGGUCAGUCAAGGCCGAGGCUACCCCCCCACCAGUACAGCAGACUGAUGAGGAGCGGAUAGCUCAGGGUAAGAGGGUGCUGGGUGCUCGGAGCAAAGCCAAGGCUCUGGCCAAAGCCCAGGCAGAAGCGGAGGCGGCAGCUCAGGCGGCUCUGGCAGCUAAGAGGGCAGCGGAGAGGAGAGCGCAGGCCCAGAGACGCCUGGAGGAGCGCAAGAGGCAGCAGUUGAUCGCAGAAGAACUGAAGAAGCCCGCAGAGGACAUGUGUCUAACUGACCAUAAACUGCUGCCCGAGCUAUCUCGUAUCCCCGGUUUGGUUCUUUCUGGCAGAGCCUUUGCACACUGCCUGGCUGUUGUUGAGUUCCUGCAUGGCUAUGGAAAGAUCAUUGGUCUCAAUAUACCCAAGGACAUCCCCAGCCUGGCUACCCUGCAGGAGGGCCUCCUAGGCCUGGGCGACAGCCAAGGAGAGGUCCAGGAUCUAUUGAUCAAGCUGGUUGAGAUCGCACUCCAUGAUCCUGGCCUGCCGUCAUGUUAUCAGUCAGUAAAGAUCCUUGGGGAAAAGCUGGUUGACUCAGAGCUGACCCGCAGCACAGUCUCAGAAGUACUUCGCAUCUUUUUGGAAUCUCACGGUUAUGAGACAGAAGUGUGCAACACACUGAGGACCAAAACAUUUCAUGCCCUGCCACCUGACACCAAGGCAGCCAUCCUGGGUUUCCUGGUGGACGAGCUCAACAGCAACAAUGUUGUGACAAGUGACAUUGACAACACAUUGGAAAACAUGGCAACUUACAGGAAGAACAAGUGGAUCAUUGAGGGGAAGCUACGCAAACUGAAGGCAGCACUAGCACGUCGCACAGGACGCUCCGAGGAAGAGCUGUGUUUUGAGGAGCGGCGGCGCAGUGCCAGAGUAGCCGAGGAAGAGAACCUCAGCCUGGAGGAGAGUGGCCUCGUCUCGGAGAGAAGCAACCGCCGCGCACGCAAAGAAGAGCCCAAACUCAGUGAUAGUGAGAGCCCAACCAAUGCCAGCAUUCCAGAACUUGAAAGGCAGAUCGAUAAGCUAGCAAAGCGCCAAGCAUUUUUCCGUAAAAAGCUGCUACAGUCGUCUCAUUCCAUGCGGGCCGUAUUGCUGGGCCAGGACCGCUAUCGGCGCAGAUACUUGGCCCUACCUCACCUCGGAGGAGUUCUGGUCGAGGGGCCAGAGGAGCUAUUGACUUCUGGAGAAGUCCUUGUAGCUGAGGUUCCUGUCACCUUCCUCAAAAAGGAGCCCAAAGUUGAGGAAUGCCCCAUGCCUACAACUCCUCCUCCUACUCUACCUUCCUCUCCUUCCUCCGCUCCCCCUGGCCAGGCCCAGUCUCCAGAGGAGGACAACCUUCCUGGCACUGCGUCCCUCAUGAGCAGGCCAAGAGGACGAGGACGGCCCCGAAAAAUCAAACCAGAAGUGGAGCUUCACCUCCGCACGGCGAAGAUUCGUCGCCGGCGUCGAAGUAGCGCCAGAUCGGCGGGUGAAGACGGGCCGGGGUCACCUAACAGUGGCACACACGACCUCACACAGGCUGCUUUCCAGAGCUGGCUCAGCCACUCGCAGGAGCCAGUGACCAACGGCACCUGCUCAGCAGCCGGAGAUGCUCCAGAGGGGAAUCGACCAGAGGAGAGUGUGAAGGAGAUGGCAGAGAAACAGGGACAGUGGUUCAACCUGCUCCCCAAACAACCGUGUGACGAUAACUCUCUGACCGAGCCCCAGAUACCCAGCUCACCCCCUAAGCUCCUCCCCCAGAUUCCGAGUGCUCUGCCCGCACUCGCUGCUCCAUUCCUGCAGCCGGACCCGCUCCUGCCUGGCCUGACUCCUGCUGACCCUGUGACCUCAGCAACUCCCCAGGAUGUUCCCCCUACACUACCUGCUUCUGCUGUUCCAGGACUACCUCCCCCUCAGCUUCUUCCAGCCCCGACUCCUCGUGCCACACCUGCCCCAGCGACCCCCGGCAGGCCAGCUCGCAGGCGGAGGAGAGGUAGCAGAGGCAGCAGUCCCGCCCGCAGAGGGCCAAGAGGAGCUGCAGCCAAGCGCCGGGGCCGCCCGCCCAACUCUGUGUUCCAAGAGCUUGAGCAGCAGUACUUCACACAACUGGUAGUCAAGCCCAUACCAGCAUCUAUGGUGCGUGGGUGGUGGUGGAUCAAGGAUCCAGAGGAACUGUAUAGCACCUUACAGGCCCUCCAUCCAAGGGGCGUCAGGGAGAAGGUGCUCCAUAAGCAUUUAGCCAAACACAUGGAGAGUUUAGCUGAGCUAUGCACCAAACCUGUCAACGACCCUAUGUUUGAGGUGAAGUUAGAGGAGAAGGACGUGCUAAUAGAGGCUCUGCAGCAGCCUUGGCAAGUCCAGGAGAAAUCAAUGGAGACUGACAUCAGUGCUCUACAGUGGGUGGAGGACCUGGAGCAGCGGGUCAUUGCUGCUGACCUCCAUCUGAAGGCGGCACCUCAGAGUGCAGUGAAUGAUGCUGCUGCUGAACCCAGCACAGAAACACCAAUGCCAGAAUUUCAGCCCUACACAAUCCCAGAUCCGGACUCGACACGUGACGACCUCCAGUACUACGAGCAUGACGCCGACCCACGCGAUGACUGGAUUGUGCGGACUAAGAAGGAGUGGUCCGGCCUGCCGCGUAUCGCCACGCACCCGCUGGACUUGGCAGUGCUGCGGUUGGCCAACCUCGAGCGGAACAUUGAGAGACGCUACCUGAAGGAGCCGCUGUGGAACCCGGCCGAAGUGAUGCGCCUCGCCCCUCUCACCCCGACCCCCGGAGAGGAGCAUCCCAUGGAUGUCUUCAGUCUGGAGAGUGAGAUCACAUCUCGACUACGAACAUGGAGACAAGCUCUGGAUCGCGUCCGCAGCGGACCCCAGGUGUGUCUGUGUUUACUUCAGCUGGAGAAGGCCAUUGCUUGGGAGAGAUCUGUGACUAAAGUGACUUGCCAGGUUUGCAGGAAGGGAGACAAUGAUGAUUGCCUGUUGCUGUGUGACAGCUGUGAUCGUGGCUGUCACAUGUACUGCCUGAGGCCUAAAAUCACCCAGGUGCCAGAGGGAGACUGGUUUUGUCCUACUUGCGUUGCCAAGGACGGCGGUGAUUCACCGCGUUCAUCCAAAAAGAGGACUAGAGUGAAAAAGAGAAGAUAUGAGGACGACAGCUCUGAUGAAGAGAUGACAACACGACGUAGAAGUGGCGGCAUGGCGACAAGAUACAAGGAGACUGUCACACCCCCCUCUUCAUCUUCCCGUCACUCUGGAGGAGGAGACGGAGGCGCCGCCGCCAAACGCCGUCGCAUGACAACCCGCAACCAGCCUGACCUCACCUUCUGCGAGAUCAUUCUAAUGGAGAUGGAGGCUCAUGGAGACGCCUGGCCGUUCCUUGAACCCGUUAACCCCCGACUGGUACCGGGCUACCGCCGCAUCAUCAAGACCCCCAUGGACUUCCUCACCAUGAGAGAAAAACUGCUACAGGGAGGGUACUGCAGCUGUGAGGAGUUUGCGGCGGACGCUCACCUCGUCUUUAACAACUGUGAGCAGUUCAACGAGGACACUUCGGAAGUGGGAAUGGCCGGACACGCCAUGAGGCGUUUCUUUGAGAGCCGCUGGGCGGAGUUCUACUCAAAUAAGGACAAAUAGGAGCCUGCGACGUUCUCCCUGAUGGUGGGGCUAUAUACUGUCGGUGCUGUCACGGUCCCAGUCCCACUCUCUCCAUCACUGCUAAGACUGUCUGGAGGUUCUUCCAGCUCUGUGUAUUCUCUCAUGUAUAGGUAUAUAUGUAUAGAUUUUGGCUAUUUGUCUGUUAUCGUUUCCUCUACCGGCCGAAUCUUUUUUCCGGGCCCACAGCUGAACUAGCUUGAACUUGUACCAUUCCCCAUCAGAGAGAGAGUGAGAACACGUCUCUCUUCACUUUUUUCCCUCCUUCCGUGUCUCCUCAUCUUCACCUCAGCACUUCAUCUCCUGUUUUUGCGUUCUCCCGUCUCGUCUGUUCACAAAGCCCCGUGUCGUAGCGAGGCCUUGGGUCAAGCCCUGCGUGUGGAGCGAUGACGCGGUCUCAGGCCCUGAGUCUUUUGUCUCUCAGACUCAAACUGCAGGUCAGGGACUGAUCACACUAGUGCGGCCUAACCUGCUGCAUACCGGACCCGCUUAGCACCGCUCGACAAACAAAAUGGAUCAAAACUCUUCACUGAACUCGGGCCAUUUCUUACCUGUUCAAUGGAAAUGUAAUGUAACGUGGUCUUAUGCCUAGAAGUAAUUUUUUUGCUCAAUAUAUUUUUAUUAUAUAUUCUAUAUAUAAAUAUAUAUAAAGAUUACAAUAGCUGGGAUUAUUUAAUAGCAAUAGCUUGUAGUAGUGAAUGUGUACAGAUUACCUUAUAGAGAUGUCGAGACGAUUUCUGAAAAAGGCCAGUUAAACUAAAAGGAAUCUGUUCUUGGACUGUCACAAGUAGACGUUGUAUAACCUCCACUUAAAGUCUUGCACGCCACACAUGACACUUCGCACCAACAUACACAUUCACAUGCACACGAUUUCACACACAUACCCACCUUCUGCUGCUGUGUGAAAGACACUGGUUCCUGAAACUGAAGGAUUUUUUUAGUGUUGGUCAGUCAGUCUGGGCUUAGACUCCUAUAUUUCGCUGUCCCUCUUGUUAAGAGUAAAUUAUCACCUAGUUAGAUCUGAUCUUUGUCGCCGACAACUGAAAGGAUGCUACUGCAACACACAGAGUGUUUGCAGCUUCCAAACAAUUGCAAUUGAGCAACCGAUCCGUGUUGAAAAUGUUCUUCUGUUUGUAGCUCGUCUCACCAGGUGAAAACAUCGAAAGGUGGCUAUGUGCGAGGAGAAAAUCCUCUCAUUUUAAAGACUAGAAUUGCAAAGGAGCUCUGAUAAUGAGGUACUGGGCAUGUUCCUGCCUGGUUUUCCGUCUUGCAUUCCUUUUUAUUGUUUUUUUUAUUUUUAUGUGUGUGCUGUUCAAGGGCCAAUGUACGAUGUUCCGCGGCAUGGUUGGUGUGCUCUGAAGGCGACAGGAUGACUCCACAGUCUGGGUUUUAUUUAAACGUGUUUCUUACACUGAACUCAAAUCCGUUGAUAGGAAAAUAAACUUUGAUGUUCCUUACUACACUUAAAGGGACAGACGUUUUUUCAAAAAAGAAAAAAAAAAAAGACAUGAAAACCAAAUGUGGUGUUACGUGAAUUUUUAAUAAUGUACAGUUUUGGUGACUUUAAAUUUGUUCCUUUAUAUUUUUAGGACCAAUUCAUCAUUUUUAAGAGGAGGUAUUACAAGACUCUGUUGUAUUAAGGUGAUGUAACACGUGUGCAUCUGUAGAAUGUACUGUGAGUUGAAUAAAAACCACAUAUAGUAGAAAGUA